AUGCCGGAUCUUCAAGCUAUGGACAAAAGGACCAAGACCAAUCUGAUGCGAGGACGAGGUACUGAUGACUCUUCACCUGCAGACCAGGACGAGCUGGAUUGUAUACGAAACCAGUGGCAAAAUCAGCGAGUCAAGAGAGCAGAUGACGCCAAAACGACCACCACUUCCACAGCGGUAUCUUCUACUGAGGAAGAGGAGGAGACAACGGCAGAAGAAACAACGAAAACGACUACAACGACCACUACCACAAGAACCACUAGCCAGAAAAAGACUACCAAAGAAGCGCCCUUUGUGGACUACACCGAUUUUGCUCCCCAGAAGACCAAAGGCCAUGAUUUUGACGAAGAGACCACUACUAUGGAACCGGAGGUGGAACCAACUAAGAAAACGAAAAAACCGAAACUACCAGCUCCCCCGAAACCCACGAAGAAGCCGGACGCGAAGGGCGACAAAACCACCGCAGAAGCCAGAACUAUGCUUAUUAGCGAGUGA